CUCCUCACCCUCAUCUGUCUUUUCUCACCACAAGAGGAAACCUUUUUCCUGGUCGUGUUUCGGUCUGUGAGGCUUGAUGGAUGCCUGCUAGCUGAGCGAGGACUUUUCUACGGAGCCGUUCCUCCGUGGUUUCCUGGGCCGAAGGGAAAGGUGUUUAAGCCUCUGGUUGGGAAGGACCUGCUGUCUUCAGUAACGGCUGUGGAGUUCUUAUUGGACCGACAGCUGGACUUUGUCUGCGACCAGUCAGCCUGCAAACCGUACCAGGAUGAGGUGGACAGUCAGAACCCCGUGUUAAGAGACAACCCACAGCUCCAUGAAGAGGUGAAGGGCUGGCUGAAGAACCAGAAGGUGCAGGAAAUCUUUAUGCAAGGUCCUUACUCGCUGAAUGGCUACCGUGUGCGUGUGUACAGGCAGGACUCGGCCACCCAGUGGUUCACUGGGAUCAUCACUCACCACGACCUCUUCAGCAGAAACAUGGUUGUCAUGAAUGACCAGGUGCUAGAGCCUCAGAAUGUGGACCCGUCCAUGGUGCAGAUGACCUUCCUGGAUGAUGUGGUACACUCACUGCUAAAAGGAGAAAACAUCGGCAUCACCUCCAGACGAAGGUCCCGGUCCAGCCAGAACAACUCAGCCCAUAUGGCUGGAGGGAGACCCGUCGGGACCACUGGAAACACUCAGAGUCAUUACACACGCGCCCAGGCAAACAGCCCCCGCCCCCUUCUGAUGUCAUCAGCAGCCAAUCCUAAGAGCUCCCAGGGCCCCCAGGCCUCCCCACAGCAGAGCCAGGCCCAUCCCAUCCAGCAGGCAGUCGGCCAGGCGUACCACUCGACAGGCGGCAGCGGGCGGGAGUCGAGGGAGCAGCGUGGCGCUCGCUCCUCCAGGAGGAAGGGAUCGGACAGCAGCGUUCCAGAGCAGGACAAGGACAGGAAGGAGGAACCCGCUGGGCGAGAACCGAAAGCCAAGAUGAAGCCGGCGGCAAACAAGCGCAGGAAAGCUGAGGAAGAGGAGAAGAAGGCGGAUCUGAAGAGGCUGAAGGCCGACAUGACGUCAGACCUGUCAGAGAGCAGCGACUCAGAGAACCCGCACAAGAGGACCGCCCACUCUUCCUGCUGCUCCUCUUCUUCAUCCUCCUCCUCAUCUUCUUCCUCCUCCUCUUCCUCCUCUGAGCCCAACUCUGAGAACGAACUAAGGACUCGCAGCAGCGACGGGAUCAAAAGUUCCAGAUUGGGGGAGGAAGAGACACAGACGUCGAAGGGACCCAAAACAAACGACGCCUCGUCUCUCAUCCGCUGCAUUUCUCCGUGGGCGGAGCUUCAGGCAGCAGAGGAUGUGAAGAAAGGAAAGGAACCGGUAUCGAUUCUAGCAAACGAAGAGGACGAGCUUGUGGCGCUGACCCAGAUCACCCGAUCCCCCCUUCUCCCCGAUAUGACCCAGAGCGGAGCUACGGAGAGCGCCAAGAUCAAAGCUUCCUCUCCGUCCCGGACGCCGUCGCUGGCUCAGCUCCACGGCAGCGCCGUCAUCGACAUCACAGAAGACGCUCAGGCCACCGUCCACCAGGAGAGCUCGGAGGCGGUGUCGGCGCUCCUCGCCUCCCAGAAGGACGAGUCGGUCACCCUCUCUCCUUACCUCCCCCUUAACCCGUCUCCCGUCUCCUCCCCCCCUGUAGCGGCCCCUCCCUCCCCACCAGAAGGCUGCCGCAGGGUGGAGCUGGACGUCCUCACCAGAGCGCCGGGCGUCCCUUCGCCCAGAAGCAGGCUAGAGUUUUCUCCCGCUGAAGCGCUGAGGCCUGCCGGGUCCACAGCAGAGAACGCUGCGCCGGUGGACAAGGAGAAGCUUCAUCAGCAGCUGCCUGAGCAGCAGCAGCUCCACCACGCUGCUCCUCUAUCUUUACCCCCCCCACAACAAGCCGCCCUCCACAGGAGCAGGACUGCCACGCCCCCGGACCCGGCCAAACCCAAGCCGGGCGCCACUCAGGCGGAGCCGCUGCAGCAGAACCCUGCAGACCUCAAAGCUAAGCCCCACCCGGGCCUCCUGGACGUCUCCAAACCCAAACCCAGCACCUCCCCUGAGGUCAGCAAACACAAAGUUCUGAUGUUCUCGGACCGCCCCCCGUCCGCCGGUGCCCGCCCGCCCUCUAAAGUGGAUGUGGCUGAACCGCCGCGCUCCGGCUUCAAGCCGGUGGCCUCCAGAUCGGAGGGGGCGGGGGUCGGCACUAAGAGUCCGCUGAUCAUCGACAAGAACGAGACGUUCACCGUUUACCGGGACCCGGCGCUGGUCCGCUCGGACGCCGAGAACCCCGCCCCCCCCAGCAGCUCAUCCAACCACGUGGCGGCCUACCUGCACCCCCACCUGCACCCGCUGCACCCUCCUCACUCCUCCCACCUCCUCGCCCCCCCUCACUCCUCCCCUCUCCCCCACACUCACCUGCUGCCCCCCGGGAUGCUGUCAGCCAUGCACCCACCGCCAGGGUCUCUGUUCGAGCGCCACCCGCGGCUGGACUCCCCGGGGAGGCUGGGUCACCUGGCCCUCCCUCACCAGCAGCAAUUCCUUCAGGGUCAUGGCGGGGCGGCGAGUCUGGGCCUGUACCCCAUCAUCUGGCCCUACCCCAACGGAACGCCACCCCCCUACCCCCCCGGACUCAACCUGCCUCCUACGGCCAAAUGGGUCCACUCUGAGAGCCCCAUCACUGUGAGCGCCGAGGCGUCCCUGAGGAGGAACGCUGCCAGUCCAUGGCUGCAGCAGGCUGCUGGCGGUUCUGGUGACGGCCUCGGGUUGCUGAACCACAUUCCAGUGAGGCCGGCAAGCGCCGACGCCCACCGGCCCUCCUCUAAGAUCAGCUCGCUCUCCAAGGUCGAUGUCCACAAAGAAGAGGUGGAGAAAAAGGCGUUUGUGGAUCCAAUCAGGAGCUUAACGUUGGCGCAGAUAAAACCGGAUCCCGCAGACCGCAGUCGCACCCCGACAGGGAAGGAUGUCCUGCUGCAGCGCCUCUACCUGGAUCCGCACAGCAAAGCUCGUCUGACCAACACGCAGGAGGCGCUUCAUGCAGCCGAGCGUAGCGUCAAGUACAAAGAGGAGAAUCGUCAGAUCCUGAAGGAGAGCAUCGAGGUGGCUCCUUUCACCGCUAAGAUCCAGCGCGCCGCCGACCCCCCCGGCCUGGACAGGGACAGGAACAAAGACCCGGCUUUCCCCGUCCGGGUCCCGGCUCUGGCCUCUCCGAGUCCAAAACCCACCCACCCCCACGUCAUCAAGGCGGAGAAGAGCAGCUACUUCACCACCAUCUCCAACAGCGUGGUGAACGACCCCCCCAGACUGUACCCCUCCAAGGAGCAGAGCUCCUACUACGACAAAGGCUCCCUCUGCUCUCCGGUGGGGGGUGUGGGCAUCCAGGGAGCCCAGCCUCUGGCGGGUUACGGCUCCAAGGCGUCUCUCUCCAAGCCCCCCCCUCUCAUAAAGCACCAACCAGAGGGAGGGGAGGGGCUAGCGGGGAAGAUUACUGAGCAGCUCAGCCAGCAGGCCUCUCUGAUCCAUCACCAACACCUCAGCAGCUUAGACAGGAGGGACCGCCGCAGCCCCGCCGCCUCCCACACCCCCCCCAUAUCCUCCGUGUCCAACCACCACCAUCAUCAUCAGCAGCAGCUCAGGGCCAUGCCGUCCCUGUUCAGAGCCCCCGUCUACCAUCCGCCCACGCAGCUCUCCAUAGAACGCAAAGACAACACUGAGCGGGAGAAGGGGGGCUACGGCGGGCGUUUGUCCCCCCCCACCCUCACACCCAUCCAGCCCGUUAGCUUAGCCACUGCUAGCACCAAAGCCUCAGUGGAGCAGCAGAAGCCCCCCACCCUGGUGCCAGAACUUAGGGACACCAAACUCCAUGGAAGCGCUGCCGCCUCCACAACGGCGCCCCCCGUCAGCGGGGCCGUUCUGACUGACGGGUGGCGGUCCAGAGACUCCAUCCAAGACAGAGGAAGCGUGUUCUGUCGGGACAUGGAGGUGACGAGGGGGAAGCCUCAGGCAGCGGUGGCGUCUGUCAUUGUGCGACCCACUACGGUCCGGUACGAAGGUCCGGUUGGUUCCACGCCACCGCCCUCCGCAGGGGGCCGGGUCAUCCAGACGCCCUCCAUGCAGCGCGCUCAGGGCCCAGCAGGGGGCAACGGCCCCAACGCUGUGUGUCGGUCCCCCGUCGUCGUUCCUCCGGCUGCUGACGUUAAAAAGACAGGAAGUUCCUCCGUCUCAGCAGCCGAAGGCGUCGACUCAGGAUCCGCCUCUCCAGGGCUGACUCCGCCCCCUGGGGGUCAGCGGCUCGCCGGCUCCUCUCAGCCUUUCUCUCCCUCAUUUGUUCAUUUAAAAAAGCACAAGGCUGCUCUGGCUGCGGCCCAGUCCAGAACCAACCCCGCAUCCGGGCCAAUCGGAGCUGCGUCCUCUCUUCUAGACGCAGUGGAAAAAACCCCCAGCUCCACGCCCCCACCGUCCUCGGACAGCAGCAGCUCUUCCGCCGGGAGCGCCGCCAGUCCGCUGCUCAAUGGUCAGUCCUCCGGCCCGGCCCAGCCCAGCAACUACCACAAGCUGAAGAAAGCCUGGCUGACCCGCCACUCCGAGGAGGACAAGACCGCCGCCACAGCCGCCCCCAGCCCCUCCCCCAGAACAGAGAGGCUGCUGAGCAGCACCAGCAGCGCCGCCGCCAUGUCAGACAUGAUUAAACCCUGCACCGUCAACCUCAGCGCCUCCACGUCCGGAGACAUGGACCUGAGCAAAGAUGGCGGUGGAAAAGGCGACAGAGAGCGGAACCAGGAAGGGAAGAACACAGCAUCGGCGGGAGGCGAGGAGAGGAAGUCCUUCUCCAGACGGGGCUACAAACGCUCCUAUGACUCCGGCUCAGAGAGCGCCGCCGACGACUCGGACACCAGCGAGAGCAAGAUGGAGGGCAGAGCCAAGCGCCAGUCCAAACCCACCUACAAGAAGAAGCAGAACGACAUGGCCAAGAGGAAAGGAGAGCAGGAGAAGGAGGAGGAGGACCUGAAGCCCAACGGCAUCUUCCGAUCGGCCCGGGAGAAGACCAAGCUGAAGCUGGCCAGCAGCAAUGGCAUCCCUCGCUCCGUGCUGAAGGACUGGAGGAAGGUCAAGAAGCUCAAGCAGACAGGAGAGUCCUUCCUGCAGGACGACUCGUGCUCAGAAAUUGGACCGAACCUCCAGAAGUGCCGGGAGUGCCGGGUGGUCCGCAGUAAGAAGGGGGCGGAGCCAGCACAUUCCCCCGUCUUCUGUCGAUUCUACUAUUUCAGACGGCUCUCCUACAGCAAAAACGGAGUCAUUCGAAUGGAUGGCUUCUCCGCUCCAGAGCAGUUUGAUGACGAGGCUCUGGCCUUAUGGGUCCCUGGGUCCAUGGAGGAGAGCCGGCUGGACCAGGCCACGGCGAGGUACAUCCUCAGUUUCACUGGAGACAAGUUCUGUCAGAUGGUGACGACUGAGAACGCCGCAGCCAGCUGGAUCAAGAAGGACGCCAAACCAGCGUGGAAGCGGGCGGUGCGAGGGGUCAGAGAAAUGUGUGACGCUUGUGAAGCGACGCUCUUCAACAUCCACUGGGUCUGCCAGAAGUGCGGCUUCGUGGUCUGCCUGGACUGCUACAAAGCCAAGGAGCGGCGCAGCUGCAAAGACAAGGAGCUGUACGGCUGGUUGAAGUGUGUGAAAGGCCAACCCCAUGACCAUAAGCACCUCAUGCCCACUCAGAUCAUCCCUGGGAAAGUGCUGACAGAGUUGGUGACGUCCAUGCACGCCCUGAGAGACAAGAGCGGCGUCUCCUUCCACUGCCCGUGCUCCAGCAAACAGAACCUUCUGACCAAACUGCCGGCAACCAACGGAGUCUCACAGGUUCUGCAGAACGUUCUAAACCACAGUAACAAGCUGUCUCUGGUGAAAGCGGAGCCCGACUCCAUGGACGGAGGAACCAAGGCCGAAUUCAACGGGAGCAGCCCGAGGAGCGACGAGGCCGGCACCCCCGCCACGCCGCCUGCGUCUCAGUCACCUCUGCACUUCCUGGCCGACCUCGCAGAGCAGAAAUCCAGGGAGGAGAAGAAAGAAAACAAGCAGUCUGUGCUGCCGGGCAAGUCUGGGAAGGAGGAGAAGGAUGGGGAGGAAGCAGUGCAGGCAUGUAAAACGCCGGCGCUGGUGGCUAACAGCAGCGAGCAGGGCUCCACGCUCAGAGACCUGCUCACCACCACAGCAGGGAAGCUCAAGCUUGGAUCUACUGAUGCUGGAAUCGCCUUUGCUCCCGUUUACUCCACCGCUGCACAGCCUGGGAAGGAUGGCCGCUCCAUGCCCAACAUCCUGGAUGACAUCAUAGCCUCAGUGGUGGAGAAUAAAAUCCCAGCCACCCGCCAGAGCAUCACCGCCAAGCUGUCAGUGACGCCCAGCAGCAACGGCAGCCAAGCCCCCGCUCAGGAGGAGAACAAGGCGCUGAGGAAGAGGCCGGCCGCUCCGCCCGCAGCCAUACCUGAGGACCUGACCCAUCAGUACCCAGACAUCCCCCACCUCUGGCUGGACAACAGGCGGCUGCUGUGGCUCAAAGAUCACCGCAAUCAGAACAACUGGAAGCUGUUCAGGGAAUGCUGGAAACAAGGCCAGCCUGUUCUUGUGUCCGGGAUCCAUAAGAGGCUCAACGCCAAUCUGUGGAAGGCAGACUCCUUCAACCAGGAGUUUGAAGACCACCAGGGAGACCUGCUCAACUGCAAGGACCAGGUGGUGUCCAACUCUGGAAUAAAGGAGUUCUGGGAUGGAUUUGAGGACAUAACCAAGCGGCCAAAGUCCAAAGACGGCGAACCCAUGGUCUACAGACUGAAGGACUGGCCGUCUGGGGAGGAGUUCAUGGCUCUGAUGCCCUCCAGGUACGACGACUUGAUGAAGAACCUUCCUCUGCCAGAAUACUCUGAUCCAGAGGGGAGCCUGAACCUGGCGUCUCACCUGCCGUCCUUCUUCGUCCGGCCUGACCUGGGGCCCAGACUCUGCUGUGCAUACGGCGUAGCUGCAUCCCAGGACCAGGACUUUGGGACGGCCAACCUCCAUGUUGAAGUGUCCGAUGUGGUGUCGGUCCUGGUUUACGUCGGCGUAGCUAAAGGAAACGGAGUCCUUUCCAAAACCGGAGUGCUGAAGCGUCUGGAGGAGGAGGAUUUAGAUGAGGGCGUUCGAAGGAGGCUGAAGGACUCCAGCGAAACACCUGGAGCACUUUGGCACAUCUACCUCAGCAGAGACAUGGACAAAGUCCAAGAAUUUCUGCACAAGCUUUGUAAGGAGCAAGGCCUGAAUGUGUGUCUGGAUCAGGACCCAAUCAGAGAGCAGGGAUGGUACCUCAGCAGGAAGCAGCGCCAGCGACUGCUGGAAGAGCAUGGAGUUCAAGGCUGGACUGUGGUCCAGUUCCUGGGAGACUCUGUCCUCAUCCCAGCCGGAGCCAUGCACCAGGUUCAGAAUCUCCACAGCUGUGUCCAAGUCAUCAACGACUUUGUGUCCCCUGAGCACGUGUCCAGGUCCUUCCUGCUGACCCAGGAGCUGCGGAGCAGCAAGGACGAGGUCAACUACGAGGACAAGCUGCAGGUGAAGAACAUCUUGUACCACAGUGUGAAGGAGGUGGUGAGCUCUCUGAAGAGGAGUAGCACUGACAAAGAUCUCAAGAAGGAGAAUUCAUGACACCUAUUGUACGCCCGUCGUGCUGUGCUCAUCCUCACCCUCCUCAUCACGCGCUAAAGGUGGUCUGCUCAGAGCGCUCUCAUGACCGCAGCGUCAGACAAACGGGAUCCGCUAAAAACACGGCCGGGUCGACCUUCUCUGAGCCAAACUCAGGACCAGAGCUCUUUGCUUUCUGCACGGACGGACCGGCCGUGAGGCGGCAUGGCGGUGGACGCAGCUCCGGUAGCGGAGCGCCACGGGUCAGGGAAGGAAGAUCUCAGCAGCAUCACCAGCAUCAGGAGAGAAACUUUCAGGAAACCCAGGAGGGGAGAAAGCGAGCAGCUUCAGCCGGCUGCUGCUUUCCUCGCCCAUCCGCUCCUAACUCCUCAUAACCGCGUCGUUUGUGCUGAGAUGUUCCCGCUCUGAUGAUGUCACCAGGAGGAAAUGCUGAGUGGAUGUUGGUUCCUCUCCGUUCUGAUGAUCUCUACUGUGAUGGAGGACGCACACGCUCUCCAGUCCUCACGCCAUAAAUCUAUUUUCUGAAAGUGAACUGCCAAACUGUCGCUCAGACUGUAAAGUAUUCUGUAAAAAAUCUGCAGCAUUUAUGAAACAAACUAAUCGCUGUAAAGUUUUGACAUUUACAAAAAAAGAUGUAAUUUAUUUAAGAAAAGAAUUGUCUUGCUUUUGAUAAGAUUUACUAUUGUGAACUUUUGAGGUUUAAAGGUUAAAAUAAUUAAGAAGUGAACUAUAAAGUGUAAAUAUAUACAUAUAUACAUGAAGUGAAGUAUUUUUAUAAAACGCCUCGUUUCCAUUUUACAUUUUGAAGUGUUACGUUCUUUGUACAUCGAAGUUCAAAAGGUUUUACAUUUUCCAUUAAAAUGGAUUUAUGACAUUCGA